CAAAGACCCGAAACCCAGGUCAUGUACACCGACCAUCGUCCCGCUGCAUCGUUCAAUUACAGAGCGGAGCAAGCUCACUCCCAUGGCGUCUGCUCCUUCCAAGCUAUACGCAGAUGACGUCAGCCUCCUCGUGGUGUUGCUGGACGCGAACCCUUUCUUCUGGAGCGCUUCCUCCCUCCCCUUCUCCAAGUUCAUCUCUCACGUGAUUUCGUUCCUGAAUUCGGUCCUGCUGCUCAACCAGCUGAACCAGAUCGUGGUGAUAGCUACCGGGCACAACUGCUGCGACUACGUGUAUGAUUCUUCCUCGCCGGCGAGCCGGUCGGCCGGGACGGGGAAGUUGUCGGCCCUGUCCGUGGAUCUUCUGGAGAAGUUGGAGGAAUUCGUGGGUCGGGAUGAGAAGUUGUUGAAGAAAGAGCCGGAAGGGUCGAUAGCGUCUUCGCUGCUGUCCGGGUCGCUGUCCAUGGCGCUUUGCUACAUUCAGAGGGUUUUUCGUUCAGGACCGCGACAUCCACAUCCUCGAAUUUUAUGCUUGCAUGGAUCUCAGGAUGGGCCUGAACAAUAUGUUGCCAUCAUGAAUGCAAUAUUCUCUGCUCAGCGUUCGAUGGUCCCUAUUGAUUCCUGUUUCAUCGGAGCUCAAAAUUCUGCCUUUCUCCAGCAGGCUUCCUAUAUUACUGGUGGUGUAUAUCUGAAGCCACAACUAUUGGAGGGAACAUUUCAGUAUUUAUCGACAGUUUUUGGCACUGAUUUGCAUUCUCGUGGAUUCUUGCAAUUGCCUAAGUCCGUUGGUGUAGAUUUUCGCGCAUCGUGCUUUUGUCACAAAAAAACUAUUGACAUGGGCUACAUCUGUUCUGUAUGCUUGUCUAUAUUCUGCAAGCACCACAAGAAAUGUUCAACCUGUGGAUCUGUUUUUGGUCAGCCCCACUCAGAGGCUGCCUCAGAACCUAACAAGAAAAGAAAGGCGGGAGAUACAUAAGCCACACAGCCUCUGUGUUUGUGGUUUCUUCAACAAAGUCCCUGUUUGUUAGGCUCAUAUUCGCAUUUGGAGGCUUGCCGAUGAAAAGUAGUCUGAUUAUGACUUAAAGAGCAAUGUGAGCUUCAUCUGCAGUGACAUGCCUGGUAAUUAGGGACUUCCCCUGCUAACCUUUUACAUGGAGCAAUGACUAAUUUCAGCGAACGGAGGAUUUUGCACCUUCCAAGUCUUUCUCGCUUAACAAGUGUUGGAGCAAUGGAGGUUCUGUAGUCCCUCCCCUCAAGUCUUGUGGAACUGAAGUUUUGUACUGUACUAUAGAACAGUAAAUGCUAAGGUUCGGGAUUAUUUGUAUCCGAAUAGUAUUUAGCUCUGAACGCUUGAGAUUUGAGAUUAGACAAAAAGCUAAAGUACCCUCCCUCUUCAUGUGGAGUUUGUCUCUGAAAAAGCUCAGACUUCGUGUGUUCUUUUGGAAAUUUAACCUCUGUGAAAUUCUGGCUGCUUAUUCA